UCUUCAAGGGCUGAGCAGAUGAUACUGGAACCCUCCUAUAUAGCCUCUGAAAGCUGCGUUCCCCUCCCUUUCCCCCUUCCUCUAGAGCGUUCAGCUUGGCAGCAAGCAUAAUCACAAUGCGAUUCUGGAAUGCCUUGAUCGCAAUCGCUCUACUUCCCAAUAUUAUCGCAGCUAUCCACAUUCUUAUGGUCACGUGCGGAAACUACCAACCGUGGAAGACCGAUACGGGACCACCGGUUUGGGUUUUUCUCCCAGACUAUCUAGAGGACUUCUGCCCGAGUUUAAAGCUUGACACAGACACGAGGAACAUCUCACUCGGGUCGGAACUGACUGGUGAACCUUGCGAUAGUUACUUUGGUAACAUUACGGUUUCAGAUGAGCUUGAUAGGUGGAGCAGCCCGAAUGGAAAAAACGGAAAGUGUUCCCCUGUUACAUACGAUGCCAGUGACAGUCCUGGGGUGUCGAGGUGGUGCCAAAUAGACCUGAAACACUGGACAGCAUGCCUCGUCUCCGAUAUAGCCUAUUGCGAUGCCAGGUGCUGACCAAUGUGCCGAUUAGUAAUCUUCGGCAUCGAUCUGAGAAGCCCAAAACUUGCUUGUGUAAUUUUAUCACCGUUCUGACAUUUUCUCUAUCCUAACGAGUACUCCGGCCUUACAUCUGUGAUUACCAAGAAAGUCAUCGUUACAGUUAGUACU